AUGGAAGCAGAUCUCACUAAUCUCACUAAUAGUUUUAGGCAAUUCGAAAGUAUAAUCUAUGACGCUCUCGAAAAUGAACAAUCUUCCAUCGUUAAGGGGGUUAAAUGGCACCUUGGAAAUAUGGAAACGGAAGAGGAAAAUAAAUCAAUUCAAUCAUCUGGUGCAGAUCCUGGUGCAGAUAGGAUUCCUGAUAAAAAUUAUAAGAAUUGGUCAACCAAUAUUCAAUUUACGCCCAAAUAUACUUACUAUCCAAGAAACCGUGAAGACAUCAUUAAUUGUGUAAAAAUAGCAAAAGAAGAAGGCUUAAAGAUUCGAUGUGCUGCUGAAGGGCAUACCUGGAGUUCGCUCUCAAUGACACAUAGCUUUUUGCUGAUUUUAGAUGAAAAUUUAUCAGACAUUACAAUAGAAAAGUAUGAUAAUGGAGAUUGGGUGGUUCAUGCGGAAGCUGGUGCGCAAAUCUCGAAAAUUGAUAAGAUCCUUAAGAAGAACGAACCGCCAUUAACAAUUGAGUCCAUGACCGUUCUUGAUACUGUCAGCAUCGGAGGAGUUGUUGCAACUGGAUCUCAUGGUGCUAAAACUCAAUCGAGAACAAUUGCAGAACAGGUUGUUGGUUUGGAAAUCGUUGAUGCCAAUGGUGAUUUACGCAAAUUCUCAGACGAAAUUAACCCUGAAGAGAUGGCGGCUGCACGUGUCAAUUUAGGACUCUUGGGUAUUAUUUAUAGGGUGUCCUUACGUGUUAAGCCAAUGUAUAACCUUCGAAUGAGCGAUACUUACCCAAAAUUGGCAACGUUUUCUAAAGAAGAUCUUAAAAAACUUGUGAUGGAAUCUGAUGGAGUUGAAAUAUUCUAUUGGCCAUUUAAUGCAUCAAACAAAUCAACUGAUUCUUCUCAAGACAGUCUUAUGGUAAAAAGAUGGACAGAAUCUACUGAUGAACCCACUCUAAAUAAACUUGAAUUAGCUCUUUAUCGCGCUGCACAAAAGGCUGCUACUUAUUUUGCCAAUUAUUAUUACAAACUGCUUAUAUUGGACCCGAAUUCGACUCCAUAUUACACUCACUUGAUUAGUUCAAUUAAAUCGCCAGAACGUGAUAUGGUAUGGCAAGCGCCAGAUGCAAUUCAUUAUCAGGCUGGAAUAGAUAACAUCCUUUGCCAAGAUAUGGAAUUUGCUAUUAAAGUUGACGAUGAUUUUGCUCAAAAGCUAACUGCGUACGAUGAGGAUCCUGAAGCUUACUAUUUUUUCCCCGAAGUGCUUUCUAUCAAUGAUACCAAAUUCUAUGGAGAAUUUUGCCAAAAUAUUGCCAAACGAUGGAUUGAUAAAUAUAAAGCAAGACCACAUUGGGCCAAAUCUUGGGAAGAUAUUCCGAACAUUAAAGAUUAUCUUCACGGGUUGCUAAAAGAACGCACCGAAAGAUUUGAAAAAGUCCGCAAAAAUUAUGAUCCAAAUGGCAUGUUUUUUGAUAACGAUUCUAUCCGCUAUGUAUUUUAUGGGUCACCAUGAUUGCACUGCUAUGCCAUGGGAUACAAUGUAAAAGUGCUGCAGCACCCAAUUGGCUCGUCAUUAUGGUUUUUAUUAAAAAAUUAAAAAAAAGUAAUUAAUAAAAAUUCAAUUGGUGUUAAUAUAUUCGAC